AUGACCGGCUAUAAAGGUUUUGGUUUAGCGAUGAUGGUGGAGGUGUUUUGUGGAAUUUUGUCUGAUUCAGCAUUUGGACCUCAUCUCAGGAAGUGGCAGGGAGAGGAAAUGGGACAAGCCGACCUGGUACUAGAAGAAAUUAUCUCAAUUCCUAUGGUAUCUAUGUAUUAAAUCCCAGCGCACCUGUUGAUCCACAGGAGAACUGGUUGUGCAUAAUAUUUAUGAGUAUAUUGACGAGUUUAGUAUAAAUGGGUUUAUCUUAUCCUGUUUUGGAUACCAGGCACAGGUCGUCGCCUCAUCCUUCUCCCUGCAGCGAUGGCUUACUUCUGUACCUGAGUUUCUGCGCUUUCGGUCUCUGGACUUACCUCUUGACUUAUCUUAACGGUUAGCGUUUGGUAACGGGGCGUCCGGUGGGAUUUUAUUACAAUGUCCCCCUAAAACAUUAAGAAAACAAAUGGUAAAUUCAGUUCGUGGAGUGUCCAAAUGUCUGGUACCUUGCACCAUACAAGGGCUGCCUUCUUUAUACGUGUAUAUUAGCGUGAUUUAUAUCCUGCAGCUAGACUGAAAAAAUGACCUUUGAGAAACGAGCGCAGAAAUUCCACACUACCCGGAUCUGCGACGUGCUUCUGAUUGCUUAUGCGACGAGAGAAAUUUUACUUAAAGGUCAAAUGAACCAAAAAAUUGACAUAUUUUCUUUUGUCGCUUUACCUUCACCAAACACUAAAAAGAACCAUCCUAAGUGAGAUUUGGGUAAAGAUUUUUCUUCCCCAGCCUUUAUAGAAAGAUAAAAGAUCAAAAUCCGAGCAUUUCCGAAAACGUUUCUGAAAUGGCAGCGUGAUAGACUGGAGACUACGUGACGUCCGUGACGUCAAUGUUGGUCUUUCAGGGCGGAAAAACGUUCUGCGCAAGCUUCUGCGCAUCCCUUAUUGCCUGCGUUUGUUUGUCUCGUUAUGUGAGAAUUCUGACUGAGACUGAAUAAAAUACACUAGGUGCGAACGUUUGCUCGUUGUAAAGGCUUUUUUUUUUGUUUUUGUUGCUUUUUCGUCACUUUAAAAUUACUUUGGAUUCAGAACAACCAAUGUUAGAGUAAAACCGAUCACUGUCAGUCUGAGGUGGAAUAAAAAAACGUUUUGAACAUUUCCAAAAGGUUUGUAUUUUUCUGAUAAUUGUGCAUUCGAUUUGAGUUGGUUUUGUGUCUAGUGCUUCGCCUUCUUUCGCCGGGUUGAAUUAAAAACCUGCUUGUAUAUUCUGUUAUUAGUAGUUAUGGUUACUUUUUUACAUGCCCAGAUUUAUUUACCUUUGCAGAACCAGCUUUAUCCUUGUCUUCAGUCAAAGAACCGUAACGGCUAACGCAUGCAAGUGAACAAGCUUGUGCGCUUUAAGCUCUUAAGUUUUAAAAACUUUCUCGGAACUUUAGAAGGCCAAAGUUUACUCAAGAAGAAAAGACUACUUCGAUCAUUUUUCUGUUGCUCGAGUAACAAUAGUCAGAGUUUUUUUUUCCUUUGUUUUUUCCUUUUUAAUUUCAUUGUUUUGUUUUCUUUCUGUAGGCAAAUUUUCCUUUCACUCUCUGUGAAGUAGCUGAGAACGACUUCUGCCGGCAGUGACUUCAAAACAAUCGACUCUUUGCCUCUAAACAAUUGCUGGAGCUGGAUUUGACUGAAGCGAGGAAAACAAACCUUUAUGUGCAGUUUUCAGUAUUUUCUAAUGAUUCAGUUUGCUGAGUUUAAUUUGCUUGAAUGAAGACCCUCUCAUGGACCAGUUAUUAAAAAUAGCUGAAUGGUGAAUCAUGGUUUGCUGCGAAGCUUGCAACUGAUCUUUAUUUUGCUUUUAAGAUCUUUGAGUAGGUUGUUUUCGUACAGAAAAUUCACUUCUUAUUGUCAGCAGGUAUUAGAGACUUAAGUCUUUUGUUUUUUUUUUUAAUGAAAAUUUGUUGUUUUGCAACCUUAUUGAAGCUUUUUUUUUAGUCCACUUAAGCUGAAUUGUAUGCAUGAUGGCAUUGUUCGUUGCUUGUCGCAUCUCAUUGAGGUUGAAGUGGCGUCUAUGGUCCUUAAAGUGACCUCAGUCGGUAAUUAAAUCAUAUACUCAACUGUAAAGACGUUUUUGCAAUAAUGUAACUUACGCGUAGGUUUUUGACAGGUGUUAUGCAUGUUUAACUUGACAAGACAAAGCAAAAUUUUUCUGCGCGAAACGAUCAAGUUUAGAAAUCUAUGGUUGCUUUGAAACCGAUCUUGGGGAAGGUUUACUAGAUAAAGAUUAACGCUUUUUCUGCCCACAUAUCAACGCCAAAGCUUCUACAUUGAGGAUUUUGUUUACAUUUUAGUGAUCUGCGAAGCUAGAAGUGUCCGAUCGAGCGUGGGUUUUAAAAUAUCAGCUCGAGUGCGACAAAUUUCAGUGACCUCAAACACAUUGUGGGCAAACUUGAAUUUCUUUGGGCAGAUUAUUAUACAAAGAUAUUUUGUUUUUGUGUCCACUGUGGAGCUCCGGACCUUAUAUAUCCGGGAACUUCCUCAUAUGAACACAUUUUGUGAAUGCAUCUUGAAAAAAAUCGGACUUACGCACGCACAUUUCCAGUACAACUCAAGGAAAUUAGUAAAUGUCGUUAAAGUCAGUUUUACUAUAAUGUAUUCUUCGAGAAAAUUAAAUAAUAAGAAGGUUAUAACCACAGCUUGCGACUUUUGAAGACAAAUUGCCUGUUCUUUUCCAGGUUUAUGGCCGCACAAAUCACUUCUGCGCCAAGUCGACGCGAAAAACUCUGUUUGAAUUUCCCGCUUUUUUCACCUGACCAACAUUGACGUCACAAGCUGUUUUUUCCGACAAUUUUUCCGACCGCUCUACGAAGAUAAGGGCCAAAAAUAGCAAUUUUUAAUUGCAAAAUAUCUCGAGAUACUGGCUUCAAUUGAGCUGAAACCUCAUGGUAUGUUUAUUUGGUUCAUAUUAAACACAUUUCACUAGAAUUGAACUAAAAUAAAAAUGUCGAAUUUUUGGUUUAUUUGACCUUGAACCAAUUAGAAGCACUUUUUAAACAAGUCUAGGGUAGCGAUCGUCAGUAUGGAAUUUUUGAGCUCGUUUAUCAGACGUCACUUUGCGGGAAACCAGUGCUGGUGGGCGCCAUGAAAUUUCGGCUGUUUUCUUUUGACUAAUAUCAAGCUCAUUUCUUUUCAAAUUGUAUCCGGCUUUGCGUUUUUAUUUCACUAGGGUCAUUGCUUUGUGGCUGUGAAUCCGCAAACGUUUGCUGAUGGUUUUGAGGAGAGGAUGCAGUGUCUGAUGGAUCAAUACAGAAAUAUGGAUCCCGUAUGUUCUCCUGCAGUUUGUAACAAAGACAGUAAAUACAUUUAACGAAAAGUAUCAAAGUGUAGUAAGAAAAAAAAGUGACACUCAAAACGUUUUUCAAGGCCAUCACUUGUUCAAAGCAGAAUAAUCGCGCAAAGAUUUUCAAAGCUGCUUGUGUCUGGUAGCGUGUUUUGACACAUGAUGGCAACUGCUUAAAGAUUUCUUCCAGCUUAGGCAUUUCCAAGUCGCUCAGAGCGCUCUUUGGACAUUUUUCUUACUUGUAAACAACCCUGUUAACCUUUGAGGGCUUCACUUACUUAAUUAUCUCACAAACAUUUUCAAAACUGCGCGUCAAGUUGAACAAGGCAAAGAAAACAAGUUUCACGUGAAGUCGCAGUCUAUGUUUCUGCUCCGGUACUGUGAAAAAUCAUGGGCAAGAGCCAAUCGCAGCGGGCGUAGCAUUCACCACAUUUUCUAAAGUAUAAGACAAUAAUAAGUUUAAAUGGUGCUGUGCAAAACGGCUAAGACAGAGCACGAAGACAGAUGAAGCAGAGUAUUCUAUUUUUGGGCCAAGUUUAACUCAAAGGUAAAAUCCAGCAUGUCAAGGUACUCUUUAUUAGCUCAGUAAUCCAGCUGAUGGGAAUAUUUUAGGAGGAGGGCGAGCCAGCAGUUCUUGUAGCAGGCGACCCGGAAAGAGAGCACAUGCGCAAAGUGAAGCAAGAUGGUGGGAUUUGUUAUCACGUGAACAUAUUACACGCUUUG